CUCAACCAAACCCUUCCUCUCUCUUCAAUUUGAAUUUGCCGACAUGGCCAAGAGUUCCUUUAAGAUGGAACACCCUCUCGAAAGGAGGCAGGCAGAAGCUGCUCGGAUCCGUGAAAAGUACCCAGACAGAAUACCAGUGAUUGUUGAAAGGGCUGAAAAGAGUGAUGUGCCUGACAUCGAUAAGAAAAAAUAUCUUGUUCCUGCUGAUUUGACCGUUGGCCAGUUCGUGUAUGUGGUUCGGAAAAGAAUCAAGCUAAGUCCUGAGAAGGCUAUUUUCAUUUUUGUCAAGAACAUUCUACCACCCACUGCGGCUAUGAUGUCUGCAAUUUAUGAGAAAAAUAAGGAAGAAGAUGGUUUCCUCUAUAUGACCUACAGUGGCGAGAAUACCUUUGGGAUGUGCUGAAACGUGAUUAAUCUGCAUCAAUGUGAAUAGGACU